CUGUCAAAAGGAGGGAGCGUUGGAUGAAUUGUGUCUUAUCAAGAAGACUGUGUGCAUAAUCGGUUUCGAUACUGAGGGUCCGAAGAGGAAACGUCAAAUUACUUGCCCAGAAAGCAGAUGAUUAUUGACGAUGGGGCGUAAAACAUCGAAAGGAAAGGAAAAAAGGCUGCAGCAGAGAGAGGAAGCUCUUCAGAUAGCUGCUGCCAAAGCUGUAGUUGACAAAGCAAAUGCUCAAGAAGAUCCUCUAGCACCAUUUCCUGCCUUCAGGAAUUUCAACAAAAAUGGAGUUGAGGCAACACUUUCUUGUGUUAAAAGUGAAAACAUUGACAACGAUACGUGAAAUUGGAUUUUUAAUUUACUGGAGUGCAAUAUGAAACCGUUUUACAACUCUUGCAGUUGGGUUUGGAAUGAGAAAGUAAAGAAAGAAGAACUGACUGAUGAACGAGCAUUAUAUCUUGUAGCAAGGGAUAAGGAGGGCAAAGCAUUAGCAUUCUCGCAUUUCCUAUUCGAUUUAGAUUAUGGGGUAGAAGUUUUGUAUUGCUAUGAAUUGCAGCUGGAAGCCGCGGUUCGGAGAAAACGUCUGGGGAAAUUUAUGAUGCAGGUAUUGGAACUGAUGGGAUUUUCAGCCAAAAUGAAAAAAGUUGUGCUGACAGUCCUGAAACAUAAUCCAGACGCAAUAAAUUUCUUCACCGCCCUGAGGUAUUCACUGGAUGAAACCUCUCCAGAAGACAACUUUUAUGAAGAGUUUCCAUAUGUAAUUCUCAGUAAACCAAAUAAGAAGCUACUGUCAUCAGUGUAAUGGAUUGCUGAAAAUGACUGAAAAUAUUGACUAUUAUGUUUA